AUGACAAUACCUACAGUAGGAAUUAUUGGCAGCGGGUUCAGUGGAAUAUGUGCGGCUAUUAAAGUCAAAAAGCAACUCGGUAUCACUGCUCGUAUAUUUGAGGUCUCAGAAGACUUAGGAGGAACAUGGAAUCACAAUACUUAUCCUGGGUGUGCAUGCGAUGUUGAUAGUCAUGUAUACUCUUUCAGUUUUGCAAAAAAUCCUAAUUGGACUGAAAAGUUUAGCAGUAGUCCCGAGAUCAAAGAAUAUAUUCGAGAUGUAGCCAAGAGGUUCAAUGUGUAUAACGACAUACAAUUCAAAACACAUGUAGUGCGAGCAACAUGGUUAGAGAGUGAAAACAAAUGGAAGUUGGAUUGGACCCAAGACGGAAUGCCUAUAGAGACAUCUUAUUUUGAUUAUAUAUUUUCUGGACUAGGACCUCUGCGUGUGCCUCACAUCCCAGACAAGUUCAAGGCAUUUGAAGGAACUGUUGUUCACACCAGCAAAUGGGAUUCAUCCAUAGAUUUUACGAACAAACGCGUAGCUGUCAUUGGAACUGGAGCAAGUGCGAUCCAAGCCAUCCCCCAUCUUGUAAAAGUUGCUGCUACCCUAGACACUUAUCAGCGUACCAAUUCAUGGAUUAUCGACCGUUAUCAAAUGCGUUUUUCUAGAUUUGUAAAGUUUCUAUUCACAUAUCUUCCGUUCACCAUGUUUCUGUACAGAGCAUUCUUUUUCUUUUUGUGGGAGUAUCUUUAUACAUUGAUGGGUUAUCCCAACUCAAGAACCUCUAAAAUGAUAUCCAGGUAUAUACGAUAUCGUAUGAUUAAGCGUCUUACGAACAAAGGUAGGGGCGACCUAGUCCCAGUUUUGGUUCCUGAUUAUGCUAUUGGGUGCAAGCGUGGUGCUCUAUCAGAUGAUUAUUUGGAAACUUUGUGCGCUGAAAAUGUGCGCAUCAAUCGUGUUCCAAUAAAAAAUAUUGUGGGAAGAACUAUUAUUACUGAAGAUGGACGGAUAUCAGAGUACGAUAUUGUAUGUUUGGCUACCGGAUUUAAAACGACCAGCAUAUUAGGCGAUUUACAAGUGACUGGACGUAAUAGUUUAUCUCUUAAUAAAUUGUGGGAAACGUCAUACCCAAAGACGUAUAAAUCGGUCGGAAUUCAUGGAUUUCCCAACUUCUUUAUGUUGGCUGGCCCGGCUUCUAUUCUUGGACACAGCUCUGUAGUAUUUAUGAUCGAGCAACAAGUUAAACUUGCGAUUAAUUCAAUUAAGUAUGCGCAGAAACACGACUUGGUCGCAAUGGAGCCAACGGCAGAAGCUCAGGAUAAAUUCAUUAAUGAGCUUCUGGAAGAUCUAAAAGAUACCGCAUGGUCUUCCGGAUGUGAUUCCUGGUACAAAAACGAAAGAGGAGAGAUUUUUGCUCUUUGGUCUGGCACUGCCACCUCUUUCUGGUGGAAGCUUCGUAGAACAAACUAUACUGAUGAUUAUAUUAAAUACGGUAAAACCGAGUGUACAGAAAGACCCUAG